AUGCAGCUCACCAAGGCCCUCGUCCCCCUCGCCCUCCUGGCCCCCCUCAUCUCCGCCAACCCCCAAUUGCUUAACGACAUCCUCACAGCCGACGACUCAGCCCCGGAGACGUCCGUCAGCGUCGACCCAACCGCAGUCCAGACCGGUGUUGGCUCCAAUGCUGGAGUCGGCGCCCCUGUGCAGGCUAGUGUCCCCACUGAGACCGCAGGCGUCGGCGCACCCGUUCAGGCCGACGCUCCUUCUUCCAGCGAGUCCGAGUCCGAGUCCGAGUCCGAGACCGCCACCGCGGGGGUCGGCGCACCCGUCCAGGCUACUGGUUCCAGCAGCUCCGAGACUGACUCUGACUCUGGCUCUGGCUCUGGCUCCUCGAGCACCGAAGCGUCCGCAGAGACCCAGACUGGCGCAGGCACCGAAGUGGCAACUGAGGCCUCCACAACCGCUGUCCCUACAGGCAUUGUAACAGCCGUAGACAACGACCCCUCCGGCAGUGGCAUCGCUACUGGGUCUAUGACCACCGCCGCUGCUACUACUACGGCCGGCCCCAGUCAGUCACAGGAGUCUCAGGGUGCCAGCAGCACCUCUGGCUCUGGAUCUAGCUCCAGCUCCGGCUCCGACUCCGACUCCGACUCCAGCUCCGGCUCUGCGGACUCUACUUCCUCUGGCGAUGCUGCUUCUGCCUCGCCGACGGAUGAUGCCGCUUCUGCGGUGCUGGGAAGCCCCGCCUCGAUGCUCGGUGCCAUCUUGCUUUCGGUCGUUGUGCCUUUGUUCUAG